AUGGGAAAUGCUCAGCUGCCCAUCAGUCGAGUCGACGUGAAGGGCCGCGCCCUUCAUACAAAGGCUGCUAACACUUCGAAGUCGACCUUCGCUUCGGUUUUACGUGCCGCACUCCUCGUUUUCUGCAUCUUUGCUCUCGGAGCAAGAGUCUUCUCUAAUGUCAUCGGCAUCAACAUUCGCGAAGCAAGCGAAUCUUGGCUCGCCUUCAAUGACGAUUUCAUGGCGGAGACUUGUCCCCAGUCCUCUCCCAUCUCUCCCUCCUCGGAGUUGAUGGCAGAGCUCGACGCCGAAUAUGCUACCGAGGAGUUUAAGAUGUAUGCCGUUGGGAGCCUUAGUGGAGCUGUCCAGAUACCCACGCAGAUGUAUGAUGACCUGAAACCACCCGGUCAGGACCCUCGAUGGGAGAUUUUCGGCGAGAUGCACGCAUAUCUUGAGAAGAGAUUCCCCUUGGUCCAUUCGAAGUUGCAGAAAACAACGGUCAAUCUUUACGCGCUCGUUUACCAUUGGCAGGGAACCGACGACACUCUCAAACCCAUGCUCUUGACAGCACAUCAAGACGUGGUUCCUGUUGAGCCGCUCACUUGGGACGAAUGGGUUCAUCCUCCAUUCUCAGGGUACUACGAUGGGGAGUGGAUUUGGGGAAGAGGCAGCUGUGACGACAAGCCCGGUCUCAUUAGUACAUUGACUUCCGUUGAGAAGCUCCUCGAGAAAGGCUUCCAACCCAAGAGAUCUAUUGUGCUCGCGUACGGCAUGGAUGAGGAACGUAGUGGUGUCGCAGGUGCGACUGCCAUCAGAGACUACCUCUUGCCCACGUAUGGCGAAGACGCGUUCUCUAUCAUUGUUGACGAAGGCGGAGGAUACUCUUCCCGCGGCGAUGCCCUCAUGUCAAGCCCUGCCGUUGCGGAGAAAGGCAAGCUGGAUGCGCGGGUGGAGCUCUCUGGUCCUGGCGGACAUUCCAGCGUCCCUCCCCUUCACACUACCAUUGGUAUGCUCGCCAAGCUGAUCACGCAUAUCGAAGCGAACCCCCACACGGUACACCUGAACCGAACCUCUACAUAUUAUAAGCAGCUACAGUGUCAAGCUGAAUAUGAUCCCAUGAUGUCCGGCCGCAUGAAGAAGCUGAUCAAGAGGUCGCUGAAGAGCAACAAAGCGUUGAAGAAGUUGGAGGAAGAGCUAGCGAGCACGGACCGAAUGUACCCUCCUCUCUCUGGAACCACGCAGGCCAUUGAUAUCAUCCAUGGCGGUGUCAAGUCAAAUGCCCUCCCCGAGAACGCAUACUUCAUCAUGAACCACAGAAUCAAUACAGUCAGCUCCGUCUCUGACGUCAAGUCUCAUAUUACGGAGACCAUCGGACCUUUGGCGGUGGGCAUGAACUUGUCUGUGGAUGCCUUCGGGGUGCAGUACGGGCCUUUCUCUACAGAGGCUGCGUAUGGACAUAUGCAGAUUACGGACGCUUACGGCACACAGUUGGAGCCUGCUCCUGUUACGCCGACGUUUGGCAGCGGUCCAUACGAGCUCCUCGCUGGGACGAUCAUUAGCUCUUUGAGUACCUCAAAGCGGUCAGACACUCCUAAAAAGGUUUUCCUUGCGCCUAGUCUUUCUACGGGAAACACCGAUACUAGACACUACUGGAAGCUAACCAAGCACAUUUUCCGCUACGGACACACAUUCGGUGACGACAGCUACAACGGUGCACACACUGUGAACGAGGCGAUGCGGGCGGACGGGUUGCUGGAGGUCAUCCGAUUCCACACUCGAUUGAUUCUGAAUGGCCAUGACUCGACCCUCCUCGAGUAG